GUAGAUGACGCCAAAGAUGGUGCAGCCCAUAAUAUGAGGGCCAACUGCAACAGCAAGUGGAGGGAUACAAUGAGGAAAGUUGGUUUGGAAAGAGGAAGAAUAUAGCUGCUCAUUUGGGACAUUGCGACAUUUCCUCUGUGUUGUCAGGCAGGCAGAAAAUCAAUGGCUUACACGUUUACUGGUCUCAGAGCUGAUAUUUAUUAGCAACAGAAGUCAAACGGAGCGUGGUGGUCAGCAGGGAGGAGGUACCGACUGUGUUCACAGAAGAAACAUUGUCCAUGUUAUUUCCCAGUUUGCACAACACCUCCACAGGGCGAGGACAGUAUGUGGACACUGGCUCUUCAGUUGGUUUUCACUGGUUUGUACUUACAGAUACCCACAUGCUACCCAUCAUGCACUUUGUACGGCCUUGUAGCUGCUUGCGCCUCACAGAACUACUCCUGGGUUCCAGCUCUGCCUCCCAACAUCACCCACCUCUACCUGGAGUUUAACUACAUCAGUGUGAUCAACAGCAGCUCGCUCCGAGACUAUGACCAGCUGCAACAGUUAGAUCUUGGAAUGCAGAAGGUGCCGCUCGUCAUAAGAAACAACGCUUUCCUCAGGCAGACAGAAUUGACACGGUUGGUCCUAGGCUCGAAUAUCGGCCUUCAGCUGGAGCCAAGGGCAUUUGCAGGACUGUUCAAUUUACAGCACCUCUUUUUGGAUUAUUGCAAUUUGUCAGACUCCAUACUGGAGGACAACUAUCUGCAGCCGCUGUUGUCCUUAGAAUUGCUUGAUCUCUUUGGUAACAAAAUUGUGAGACUCCGACCUGGAAUGUUCUUUUCAGAACUCACAAAGUUCACACAGCUGAACCUUAAAUUAAAUCAGAUCGAAAGGUUAUGUGAAGAGGAUCUUGUUGGUUUCCGCGGUAAAUACUUCACAUUCCUUAGCUUGCACUCCAAUCACUUAUACCACACAGACCGUGGAGAGUUUGACUGGGAAAGAUGUGGUAACCCUUUCAAAUGGAUGGGCUUUGAAAGACUUGACUUAUCCAGCAAUGGGUUCAGCCUGGACACAUCAAGACAGUUUUUUAAAGCGAUAGAGGGGACUCCAAUUGCUCAUCUUAUAUUCUCUGGACACCUGGGCAAAGGCUUUUCACACGACAACCUCCCCGAUCCAGAUGAAAGAACAUUCGAAGGCCUCGUCAGCAGUGCAGUUAAAAUUUUAGAUCUGUCUAGAAAUUUUAUAUUUGCUUUGCAGAGGGCUGUUUUUAGUCCUCUAAACGAUGCAAUGAUUAUUGACCUUUCCAAAAACAAAAUCAAUCAGAUUAACAGAAAUGCCUUCAACGGUCUUCAAGGACAUUUACGACUGCUCAACCUGUCAUCCAACCUCCUUGGAGAAAUAUAUUCUCACACAUUCACCAAUCUGACAGACCUUAGGGUGUUGGAUUUGUCUUACAACCACAUUGGUGCAUUGGGAUACAAAGCGUUCAGUGGUCUUCACAAAUUACGAGCGCUAUAUCUGACAGGAAACUCGCUGAGAGACUUGGGCUUUCCCGAGUCAUUACCAAACUUAGAGUUUCUUCUUUUGGGUGACAAUAAGCUGCAGUCACUUUUCAGUAUCAUUGAUUUUGGAAAGAGCAGUAUCCAUGUGGACGUUGCAGACAACAGAUUAAACAACUUGCGGGAAGUUUAUGAAAUUGUAUCUCAGUUCAGCAAUAUCCAGAAUUUUUUCUUUGGUGGCAACUUCAUCAAGUGGUGCACACCAAGCCUGAACGUUACAGUACCUCCUAAUAAUAGCUUGCAAGUGCUGGAUCUUCAUGACAGUUCCCUGCAGUUCAUCUGGGCGCAGGGGAACUGCCUCAACCUGUUUGAUCAUUUUGAGAAUCUACUCGGUCUGAAUUUGAGCUUCAACUCAAUCGCGGCUCUCCCACAAGGGAUUUUCAGCGGCCUCCUAUUGAUCAUAGAGAUCGACCUCUCAUCCAAUGUCUUAACCUAUCUGCAGCCAGAUGUCUUUCCGGUCAGCCUGAGAAGACUAGACCUCUCAAAUAACUUCCUAGUGUCCCCAGACCCUAACACUUUUAGGUCACUCAGCAUCUUCAGCAUGGCGGAAAAUCGGUUCCAAUGUGAUUGCCAUCUGGAGAGCUUCCUGGAGUGGCUGAACAGAACGAAUGUAACCUUCCUGAGCCCAGUUGAGGAGUACAGAUGUGAGUUUCCAGCUGCUCUUCAUAACCUCCCUCUGCUCCAUUACGCCUCAAUCAUUGAACCAUGUGAGGAAGACGAUGAAAAGGCCGUCCAGGAUCUUAAGUUUGCUAUCUUCAUCUUCUCGGCUCUCCUCGCCAUCAGCCUCAUCCUCAGCGGGAUUGUUUAUGCCCGUCUCCGAGGGCACAUAUUCAUAAUCUACAAAAAGAUUGUUGGUAGAGUCCUUGAGGGCCCAAAACCAGUACCUCCUGCAGACGAUCUGCAGUACGAUGCCUUCUUCUGCUUUAGCGACAGUGACUACGGCUGGGUGGAGGCUGCUUUGCUGAAGAAGCUGGAUAACCAGUUUUCAGAGGAGAACAUCUUCCGCUGUUGUUUCGAGGCCAGAGACUUCCUGCCAGGUGAGGAUCACCUUUCCAACAUCAGAGAUGCCAUCUGGGGCAGCAGGAAGACCGUGUGCAUCGUCUCCAAGGAGUUCCUUAAAGAUGGUUGGUGCUUAGAGGCGUUCACUUUGGCCCAGGGCCGGAUGCUGGAGGAGCUGACAAAUGUCCUGAUUAUGUUGGUGGUGGGGAAGGUGGCUCACUACCAGCUGAUGAAAUACAACGCUGUCAGAGCUUUUGUCCAGAAGAGAGAGUACCUAAUCUGGCCAGAGGACCCCCAGGACCUGGAGUGGUUUUAUGAACGUCUCGUCUCACAGAUACUCAGUGACACUAAGGUGAAAAAGUUUGCAGAGGACAAAGCUGAGCCUGCACAGCCUGACAUUCAAAUUGCGAAUGAAGACAAUGUCCAGCUUGAAAACAUCCAAGCAAUUACCGCGUGAACUCUGACUGCAUUGUUAAUGAAAACCUACUUCAACCAAGAUAACCAACCAAGACCAACAUCUACUCCACUGCAGUAUCACCCGUAAGCUAGCAUUCAGACUCCUGAACAGGAUGAGGAAGAAGUUUUCCCUUAAAAAUGCCAAUCUGGGGUGGGGUUAUUUCAAGGUGAAAAGGAAAAUGGGCAUUAAAAAUAUUCAGGGGAAGUCAAGCAAAUAUGCUUCAUAGCGGAGUUCUACACAACCAGUUGAUUCUGCUCUUCUGACAGUCAUGAACAGGUUUGUGUUUAAAUAUAUUUGUGCAUUUGAGUGAUUUGUGGCACAGUGUUAAAUCAACUUAUAAUUCCUUUUCUUAUUAUUUUUCUGUUUUGAUAUGUACAGUACAAAGAAAUUGUGUUAUUAUGUUAAUGGUAUAAAAUGUUACAGUUAGUGUGAUGUGUCCAAUUACCCAGGUGUAGUAGUAGUAAUAAUAAUAAUAAUAAUGUGUGGUUAGGAUUUGCUAGUCAAUUGUUCUCAGUGAUAUCAAAUGUUGGUGCAAAUGCAUACACUGCUCAGCCUAAUAGCUUGCAGGAUGAAGCAAGUUCCCAGCACGGUGAAUUAAUUAACUGAAGAAGCCUUUGAAAUUCCUGGGUUUUAAGGUUAUUACUGUUUAGGUUGUGUAAAUCAUUUCUCAAUGUGUAUCUUUUAUUUUCAUGUUUGCAAAACAAAGUCCACUCAAUGGGAUUCUUUGCUCCAAACACAAACUAACGUCUACCUUUGGGGUUGAUUUAUCCAGUUUAAACCUCAGUUUGAAUGAUUUUAUUCAUCACAAAUGCAGUGGUCUUUAUUUUUUAUUUUUUAAUCUGAGCCUCAGAUGUAAUUCUUUAUUUUAAAUGUAACGGGAUUAAACCCCCAAAAAAUAAGGAAAAAGGCAUGGGGUGAUUAUUCACCUGCCUCAUUGGGAAAAUUUAUGAAGGAUCGCUUUGGAUUUUUAUUCACAAUUUUCACCACUAGAUGGCGAUCUGUUAUUACUGACUCAUCAUGUCAGGCUUGAGUGAUCAGGGAAAACCCAGAGCUUUAAUAAGUGAGAGUUCAGUGAAAACCACAUCAAGGCUGUUUAUAAUUGCACUGGGUUUGUCACAAUUAAUGAGAAUUAAUGGCUAUUUUAUCUGCAUAUGAUGCCCUCUCUCUAAGCACUUGGGUUUUCUGGACUGUAAGAUGUGAGUGAAUCUGAGGUCAGCCGGUUUCCUUUCAUUUGAGCUGUGUGUCUGAAAACAGGAAGCUACUGGGCAGAGGAAAGCUUCCGUUCUGUUGGCCCCGGCCGCCUGUAUCCUCCCAGCCUUUAUGAGCCAGCUGUUCUGAACAUUACAGCCUGUCUGCAGGCUCCUGCUGCUUAUACACUGUGGACAGUCCAUUAUUCUGAACACAGUGCAACAUUAACAUCUCUCCGACCUGCUGUUAUUGUGCAGUUGUUUUUAUUUUCUGGGGUUGUUAACAGGUGUUGAACUUGAAAAUACUGUUAGUACCCCCAAAAUGUGGUGUGUAUUAUUUGGAUGUGCAUAGAUGAACUUGCGAUAUGAAGGCCCAGAAAGUCCUCUACUAUUCUGAAGUAGACAGCCUGACAGCUAGGAUUGAUAAAUAUAAAGCCCAAAAGCAAAAAAGGCAGUAAUAGAUUAUCAGAUGAUUCCAAAAAUAUAACUGAAUACAUCAAUAAAUAAUACUUUUGGA